CUUGAAACCAUAGACAAGGUGGAGUGAACAAAAAAAAAUACUGACAAGACAAAAAUAAUUUUGUCAACAUGUCGGACAAUGAAGACUUGCUAGGCGACGAUUUGGGUGAUCAUAGCCUUGCCGACUACAAUCUUGGCAACGAGGAGGAGGAGCAACUCCUUGCUGACGACUACGAAAGUAAUUCAUCGCAAAAUGUCCCAGCGUCGGUAGGUCCUAAUUAUGGGGCUGGCCCAGAUCUUGUGUCUCCGGAAUAUCCUAGACAUGGCAUGGACUAUGGUGCGCAGCCGCUUCCAUAUCAGCCUGGGGUGGAGCCGGAGUGUGUAGUGCCCAACAUAACCGUGGAGAUCCCCAACACUCCGAUCCCGGACCACUCCACGUACGCUCCAUACGAGCCCCCGGCGUAUGAGAUUGAACAUGCUGUAGUGCCACCAGCUAUUCCUGCAGCACCAUUGGAAUCUCCACAGAUCGUGCCAUCCGAUAUGCCACCAAAUGCAUCAAGUAAGUAUGGGGAGAUCCACAUCAUUCCCCGGGAGAGGUUCACGUCGGAGCGUACUCCCGGAUCGCAGCGCUUGCCGCAGAUACGGGACAUCCCGGACAGUUUGGAUAAGGUGGUGAUACCCCGCGGCGGCCGCGGUCGCACCACGUGGCGCAACCCACAGCUGAGGCCGCAGCACCCUUAUCGACGUAACAACAUGCACAGGGGCAACUUUAACCAGCGACCAUCGUUCCCCCCUCCACAAAUACGCCCCACCCCGCCGCAGGUUCGGCCGGAUAUCCGGCCCGAAAUGCGCCACGAGAUGCGACCGGACGUGCUGCCUGAGAUUCGUCCGGAAAUCCAUCAAGUCAGACCUGAAAUUCGUCCGGAAGUAAUGGAUAUUCGUAUAGACACCCGGCCGGAUAUAAGACCAGACAUGCGUCCGGAUAUGAGGCCGGAUAUGCGCCCUGAAGUUCAUCCGAAUCCGAAUAUGCGUCCGGAUAUGCACCCGGAUAUGAGACCAGACAUGCGUCCGGAUAUGCGGUCUGAAAUACAUCAGAAUAUGAGGCCUGAAGGUCGUCCAAAUAUGCGCCCAGAUAUGCGUCCGGACUUCCCGCCAGAGAUUCGCCCGGACUUUCCGCCAGAAAUGCGACCGGAAUUACGUCACGAUCCGCACAUGCCGCCUCAGAUGGGUCCCGAAAUAUCUCCGGAACGCCCACUAAUGCCGGAUUUUCGUCCGGACAUUCGUCCUUUCGGCCCGCGCUUCCAAUUUCGCCCGGAAGAGCCGCACUUUCGGCCUAACUUCGAGCCGAGGCCCAUGUUCUUCAGACCCAACUUCAAUCCGAGGCCUUUCGGGCCUCCAGUGCGCGAAAUAAUGCCUGGGGCAGGUCAUAUACCUCAAGUGACGAUACGUCAGCACGUGCCGGUGGCUGUGAACAGUGUGAACAAAGUGGACAGUGUGAACAAGUUUGUGCCCAAACGUGAACAGGAGGUGAUCAUGUUGCCGGUACAACUGCCGCCUCUGUUGCCGCCUGGAGGCUUAGCAGGGAAGAAAGUGCUCAUCAACCCGCACUUCAAAGGGAAUUUUACACAUCCUGUUGAGGUAACCGGGCUGCCAGCGUACAUUCCUACGAGGAUCCAAAAGUCCCCGCCUCCGAGUCCGACCCUGGAGAGCAAAUUCGGCCCAGUGAAAGACAUCGACGACGCAGCUGAGCGGUUCAUAGCGGAGCAACGCAACGCUCUCGCCCGCGCCGCCAACAGAAAGUUCCAGAGGCGUUCGCCACAGAGGUUUAUAGAGAACACAACAAUAGAGAUAGAAAAUGACAUGAUGGGUGGACCGGCGAGGCGGAGCAGCGAUGAUGAGCUUUUAAGACGUCAGGAGCAGUUCAUCAACGCCAACCGAGCUGGUCUCAGGAGGCGAAUGCGCUCACCAUCCCCCGCUCGUCGUUCGCCGUCGCCCGCCCGGCGUUCGCCCGAGCGCUUCGAGCGUCCGGAACGCUCGGACAGGGAGCGUCCGGACAGGGACCGUCCGGACAGGGAGCGCAGACACCGCCCGGACACCGCGCCCGCGCCUCGGACUCAUGACGAGGAAAGCGAAUAUCGUCGGCGCGUGCGCGAGCAAGAGAGUUUGCGCGAGCGCGUGCUUCGUGCUAAAGAAGUUCGUCGCCGUAGAAACGCCGCCGCGCUACAUAAACAACUGCAGGAGAGAGAGCGCGAACGCCAAGGUCUAGACAAAGACAAGGACAACCACAAAGAAUCCAAGCCGGAGCCACCUAGCGUCCCAGACAGGCCCGCCGAGCCGGACAGCCAGCCGGACACCACGCGCAAGUCGCCGGACAAGCCCGCGCCCAAGUCGGACAAGGUCGAGAAAGUCAGGGAGCGGUCGCCGGUUAAAGAUGACAGUGCGGAAGUUAAUUCCACUUGUGAGAACUUAACCCCUCCGCGGCCGCCGUCCCCAGAGCGAGCCUUAACCCCUCCGCUGCCGGAGCCAAAGAAAGACAACAAGUACGACAGCGAUGAUGACCUCGACCUCAUCCUGGGAGACAUCGACGGGAUACUGUCGGACGACGAGGACACCGGCCGGUUCAAGGACAAGGACAAGCCUGCCAAAGCCGAGCCCGCCAAGCCAGCCGUGGAUUUGCGCGCCCGCAUCGGCGCCGGCGCAUCGGUUCCUGCGCGGCGGCAGAAGAUUGUCUUCCAUGAGAAGAAGAAGGAAAAAUCUCCUCCACGCCGAGCAGUCGUCACUAGCUCGACAAAAGCCGACAACUCAGAAAGUGACAAAAAAAGCAAACAGGUGAAACCCAAACCUGACGCGAGUACAAAUAAAUCCAGGCAGAGGAUAACUUUUGACAGUAAAGAGGAUAAAGAAAAAGAAAAGGACGACGACAAAAAACAAUCGUUCCCCAACCGGCGGGUGAUUCUCCAGCGCAAAACGCAACCAACCAAAGACUCCAAAUCGGUUUUCUCCCGGAUCGACACCAAAACGGAUCCGACCAAGCCCCACCCGGGGAUAUUCAGCCGCGCCGUCCGGACCGCCAUCGGAUCGGACACGCGGAUCGUUAUUAAGAAACACGAGGAGCCUCACGUCGAGUUUGAGUCGGAUUCUGACUUGGAUGAGGACAAAUUGCUUGAUGAGGAGGUCGGGAAUGUCGCUGACGUCACCAACCUGCCUCACGGUAUGACGGAUACCAGGCUGAAGACCUUAGCUGGGAACGAUGUGCAGAGCUUAAGUUUGGACAAGGAAGAGCGCCGCGCGAAAAUCACCUUUAAGACCACCGUCGCGGCGGAAACCUUCAAAAAGAAAUUCAACAACAAAAUGGUAGCGGCCAGCAGACUCACCGUUUCUUUGCGUUGAAAUAAAACAACAGGUUUUAAGAUAAUUACGUAGAAUAGGUAUAUUAUUAAAUAUAAACUUUUCUCUUUUAUAUUUAGAGUUCUGUUAGUCGUAAGCUAUAAAGGUCCUCCUUGAGUUAUAUUUGGGAUACUUAUAGCUUGUUUUAUUUUUGUUUCAAAUCAUAAAUGGCCAGAUUUGUAAGAUUGGACAGAAAAGCUGACGAAUUUCAGUUGCAAAUGUAUUGAUUGGGUUCUACUAACAAGUAGCAAACAAUGAUUUUUGAAAAGUCCAAUCAUAUAAUAUUAUAGUCUAUUGUUUAAUUGUAAGUCGGUAAAAUUGUGUUUAGAAAAUAAGAAUUUUCUUUUUCGCUUUGUUCCAAAGUGUAACACGUUCUGAAAUAAUUACUUGUGAAGUUAUUAUUUUGUUUAAAUGGUAUAUGAAGAAAUAAUUUUGUCCAAUUUAUAGCAGCGCUAUAAAUCUUUGUUAACUAACUUUCAUUUUGUCGCCAUACUUUUAUACUUUUUGCUGUGUUUAAUGUUUUACAUUACAAUGAAAUAAAUUUCAUGUGUAAGCUUGUUUUAAGGGUGAUUCGAAUAAUUGUUUUCUCCCUAUAUUUUUUAGAUUGUGGUAGAGAAAUACAUAGUUGUGUCUACCUACAGAUAAACUUUUAUUCUGUUUUAUGUAAAUUUACUUUUAUUGUGCUUCUUAUAACAGUUGUGGUAACCAGUGUAUAUGAUUGGGUGUAUUUAUUAAAUUCGAUAAAAAACAAAGAUUUUCCAGUUGGAACAAUAUGGCAUAAUAAUGACAAGAUAUUUAUUUAAGUUAACAUUACAGAAAAUUCUCUCAUUUUCUUUAGAAAAGAAAUAAAAUUCGGUAGAAAUUUAUGGAUUCAACGAAGAUACUUUUUAUUGUGUAUUUAUUUAAGUUUUUACUGUGAGUAUGAACGCAGUUUAUUUUGUCCUUUGAUAGGCUGUAAUUUAGGGAUAUUUCUUGUCACUGUCGCUCAUGCCUGUACCUCACAUUGUGCGAUAGGGAUAGAGAUAUCCGAAUGUUAAUAGAUGAGUCAGUAGCUUUGUUUUAAACAAAUGUAUAACAUGUAUAACAUAUUUUGUACAACCAUAUAAAAUAUCAGAUUAUGUUUGCUAGUAAGAAUGUUUUAUAUAUUAUUUAGUAAACCUUUCAUAGCGUAGCCAAAAAUAUUCUUUCUAUAUUAGAUGAAGCUUCAAUAUGUCUUCUAAUAACUAGAUAAAGUUAUUUGAGUAGUGUAUGCUUGAUUUCUUAUCAUAUUUAAACAACACGACUUGCCUAGAUGUUAUAUUUUGUCUACACUAACAGAGUGAAUGAAUGCCAAUCAAAUUUGUAUUUACUCAUUCAAAUCACAUAUUUCAUUAUGCAAAUACCUCUAGACAAUAUAACGCUAUCGAUUUUGAUUCGAUUAAAUUGACACGUAUGCAUCGCUCAUAGUAAUGUAUAAGAAUUUUUAAGUAGUAUAUUAUAGCAAUUUUUCAUACUGUUUCCAUUGGAUAUGUAACCCAUUGUAUAGCGCAUAAGUAAUAUUGCUUCAAAUAUGUUUUCCAAAAGCAAUAUGAGCACUUAUCCAGUGUUGAAUAUUUAAAGCAUUUUAUUAGAGAAAAAAGCAUUGGAAAUUUUAGUUCGACGAAUUUAAUAUGUUAUAUCUAAAAUCACCAAACAUGCAAGCUUGAUAUAGCGUAAAUGUUUUAAUAUUUUAAGUAGGUAGGAGGUUUAGUUAAAUAUUAGAUUAGGUUAGUUUUAUUUGUUAUUUUUAAUGUAAUAAACACUAUCUUUGAAGAGCAUUUUUUUUAUGUUGUAUACUUGCACAUCAAGCGUAACAGUUGAAAUAGUAAAGUCGCUCUUAUGCCGUCAGAAAUAAGGUCGAUAUCUAGAUCAAUAUGUUAUGUCUGGUGCUUUGUAUAUUUGAGUGAUAUCUAUGUAUCAAAAAUAACAGUGAAAUGGGAAUGUUGACAAGAUUUGCUUAAAAAUAGUUUUAAAGUGUGAACUAUUGUUGUUUCGCUAAAUAUUGAGAAGUAUAUUUCUUAAGAAAACUUUGAAUUUAUCAAAGUACAUAUUUUGCAUUUAAAUUAUAUACUUUCACCCUGUUUUGUUCAGUUUUAAAGAUAUAAUUUGUAACUAGAAAAACGGGCUUUGUUACAAGAAACUUGAGUAGUUUUAAAUAUGUGUAAUAUAGUUAAUAAUUUUAAUUACACUAUGAAUUUUGGCUACCCAUUAUGAAGUAAGGUACAGAGUUUAUUUUACUGUAUGUCUUAUUCUUGUCAUUGUCAUCUGUUCUUCUGAUUACUUUGAACUUUGUGUGUUUAGCAUAAGGUUUUAAUUUAAUUGGGCCGUUAAAGGUAGAUUGACAUGCUAGAUAUCUGUAUCUGCCCUAAAAUAUACGAUACUACUUUGGAAAUGAUGCUAAUGAUUCACUAACGUAGGUCUUGUAGAGCGAUGACGUAGUCUUUGUUAGAAGUGUUGGGUAGUUACGAAAUAUUUUUUAUACUUCAAAGUAUCUACUAAAUAAUAAGAUAACUUGUGUUCUUGUAGAAUAUAGUUUUCUUUGAAAUUCAGUUCAUCAAUACUGAAAUAAAGUUAAGUUUCUCACUUUUUAAUAAAUUUUUAAAUAAAUCAAUAACAAUAUUACUAUUGAAACAAGGUCCUGGUAAAGAAUGAGCCAGGCAAUUAUUAAAUUUUUCGAUAAUUUGAGAACUCGAAAUAUCCCAAGAAAGAUUUUUUUUGUACUUGCAACAUUCAAACCACAUAAUUUUAUACUGAAAUUGGCAUAUUGUUCGAACGACAGAGACAACGCUCUACAAAACCUAAACAAGGCGAACAUUAGCCGUCUCUUUCUAAAGUAGUUUCGUGCUAUUUUUGGGCUGGUACUGCGAAUGAGGGUGCCCAUUGCGAUCACCAGUUGGCGCUACUAGCAAGUAAGCUCCUGGCACUUGCUUGAGGCUAAGACAGUGGCGCCAAAUGGUGGCCGCUGAUAAGAAUGUCGCAUUUGCAAACCAUGUUGGCGCCACUGUAGAAUUAAGUUCUGUCACUUGCUUGUGGCUAAGACUGUGGUGCUAACUAGUGAGCGAUGAAGCGGAAGGACUCGCAACCUGUCACUUGCUUGUUGCUAAAAGAUAGUGGCGCCAACUGGUGACCGCUGAUAGGACUAUCGCAUUUUCAAACCAUGUUGGCGCCACAGUCCAAUUAAGUUCUGUCACUUGAUUGUGGCUAGGACAGUGGCGUCAACUGGUGACCGUUAGUAGGAUUAGCGCAUUUGCAAACCAAAGGUGGAAUUGUGUAAAGCAAUCGUAAUCAUUUGAAAGUUCAUAACGUACGAUGAAGUCCGUUAAACAAAGCGUUUGACAGAAUAAUCGUACGUUAUGAACUGUCAAAUGAUAACGAUUGCUUUACACAAUUCCAUCUCAGGUCGGCGCCACUGUCACUUAGGGCCUGUCCAGAAGGGCGAAUUCUACGCGCGUUGGCGAGAUACUAGGAGCAAAUACAUUGCGUCCACAAGACGCGCGAGUUGAAAAUUCGCGCGUAAAUCUCGUCAUAAAAUACGCUCGUGUUCGUGCGUAGGAUUCGCGGCGAAUUCGCCCAUGGACAGGCCCUUACUCAACUGUGGCGGUAACUGGUAAGCGCAAUGUGAACCCUCGUGUUUGAUUUGUAGGUGUUUGGCUAAACAGCACCCACGAGUGACAACAUGUUAACACGUAGAUAUAAUCCAUGUUCCUCACUUUCUGUUAGAAAUAAAAAAUGUCUUUAUAUUUGACUGUUGGACUUUUAAUUGUGUGCAAAUCCUGAAAACGUGAUAUUUUGUAUAGAUCUCAAAUAAAUAGAGUUGGAGGCGUUAACUAAAUUGUGUUUCAAUUUAUUUUGUAAUAUAGAUAGUUAUUGUACCCUUAUUAUGUAAUAUGUCGAUCGUAAGCUUACACGUUAUUAUUGCAAUCAAAUAGUUUUGACAACCAUUUUGUAGAAAAUAACGCGUACGUUUACAUAAUCGACGGUAGUUUUAAGUUUUUACACGAUUUUUUUCAUACCUUUUACAAUGUUUUGAAGACUAUGGAAAAGAUCAAUGAUUUCUGAUGGUGUUACCAUACUCAAAAUAUACAAUAUUUUACGUAUGGCAACUUUAUAAGACUGAAAAUAAAUAAAAAGAUAUUUUUACCGUAACUAUAUUUUUAUUUCUUUGGUCCACUUACCUAACUUUUUCAAUACCCUUGUUAAAAAUAACACUAUGGCAAGAUUUUCUUGAGCCCAUACAACCGUUGUUAAAAGAUUCUCUUGAGCACAAAUACCAAUAAGUCAACAAGAUUAAAUAAUCAUUUUUAUACACAACACAAACACACGUUUCUCUAAGAAACUACAUAAAAAAGUCGAAUAAAUAGUCAAUAAA